CCAUGAAGAGCUAUCUCUAUUGGCUGUACUGCCAGUAUGAACUAAUCACCUGCAGCUACCUCAUGGAGCCCUGGGAAAAACUGCUCUUCUACAGUUUUAACAUUGCUGUGGUAGCUGUGAUAAUAUACACUGCUUACCUCUUUAUCCCUGCCCAUAUUAGCAGGGCUUUUCAAUUCUUCUUACACUUACUUGGAAAUCAACCUGAAAAUACUGCUUCUAUCAUGAAAUAACUGGCAUCAUGACACUGGCUUUUAGAUCCAAGAAGUAUUUUUCUUAAAACUUUUUUUUUUUUUUUUUUUAAGAAACAGGUUCAGAGUGUUUGCAAAUGCAAACAGGAUCUCUCUACAGUAUCUCUUACUGUUCUUCAAUGUAUUGGGACUCUGCGACAGCAUUAUUUUGACUGCUUUUUAAAGAGCUUUGAAUUUAAAAACCUGGGUGGAGUUACAAAGCUGG